AUGUUAAAAUUGAAGGACAAGGUUGGUGAAAGGUUGGCGGGAAUAUGUGCAAUUCAGUUUUGUACAUGGAUUUUGUAUACUAUGUCUAUAUUUUUACGGAUUAAACGUCCAAAUACUGAUUGUCCUAGUCAAAUCUGUGAAGCACAAAAUCUUAUAAAACGUCCUAAAGCUGACUUACAAUCAAUUCAAUUUAAAUAUAUCGGUAGUCAAACUUCAAAUCGCUCAUUAAUUGGUAAAAUCGACAAAGUAUAUACUUCCUCCGAAAAGUUAUGUAAGAUUAUAUGUAACACUUCAGAUGCUACUGUUGUCGGAGAAAAUCAAACAGUCAAGUGUCAGAUCAAAGUGAAUAAUCUAAAACGUCCUGCUAUUACUGCGGAAAUUUUCAAUGAUUUCAAUAAUCUUAAUAUUGAUUCAUCCAAAGUAUCUAUUGGUCCAAAUCCUCCAAAAAUUUUUAAAAUUAUUGAAUUAACCCCUGAAUCAACUAAUGAAUCAAAUGUAUUGUCAAAAUUAACUGAAACGAAUCAUUCAAAUAAUGAUAUACAUCAAACGAAUUUCAUUUAUGAUAUAUACAAAAUGAUAUCACCAUCCUCAUCAUCCUCUUCAUUAUCGGAUCCAAAAUGUUUAUCAUUAGAACAAACAAUAUGGUGUACAAAUGAUCAAUUAAUUAGAAAUGCUGAUAAUUAUAUACAUGAUGAAUAUAGUUGGGGAUUAAAUGAAGAUUCUUAUGAUUAUACUAAUGUUGAUGAUGAUGAUGAUUCAAAUAGUGAAUCAAAUUGGCGUAAUGAUUAUCCUGAUGAACAAGACAGUAGUAGUAGUAGUUCAUCUAAUCAUUCAAAUUCACCAUAUUCUUCAUCGAAUAGUAGUUGCAAUAAUGAAGAUUCAGAUUAUUAUUAUUAACUUUUUUUCUUGCUGUAUGCAUUUUGUUUUUCUCUGAAAAUACAUUUGUAUCAAGUUGUCUACUUUUAUGGUGUGCGCUACUUAUAUACACAUAAGUAGUAUAUAACGAUAGUCAGCAGUAGAUUGGAUUUCGAAGAGGAAAGAACGGGAACGGAAAGCAAUUGGCAUGAAAAUGCAGGAACAAUGAAACCUUAGACGAUGGAUUGAUAUAUUGUAAAAUAAACAGUCAGGUUUGAGACAAUGGAGUGAUGUUUUGUAAAUUAAUUAUUAACUGUAUUGUUCUCAGAUUUAAGUGAGAUAUUCUGUAAUUUCGUGUUCAAAUACAUUCGAUUGUUUCCACUCAUUUUCUUGUUCACUACAUUUGGUGUUGAUUCCAACCAAGAGAGAGAAAGAGUGUUUGUUCUGCGGACGCCGUUGCAGGACUUGAGCUGAGGUACCGGCUUGGGCAGGUGGCGUCGAGUGGAGUGUUCUCGCGGAGCGGCGUUGGCUGUAGCGGGUGCUGUCGACGGAGAGGAGCGGUGUGACGUGCGGCUGCUGGGCGGAAAUCGGAUGUAGGUAGCUCAGCAGGUCGGUGGAGCACGGGUGUUAAGCGUCCCAGGUGCCGGGUGGAUAUCGGACGUUGGUGCCCUGGCAGAUCGACGGAGUUAUGGACGUCAGCGUGCCGCAGACUCGACAUUUUUACGGAGGGCUUGGCGCAGACUGCAAAAAAGAGGAAAGUGGCAUGGCGAGCAGAACCACCACAAGAAUGACUGCUUUAAAGGGGGAACGAGUGUGGUGCACUACUUAUAUACACGUAAGUAGUAUAUAACGAUAGUCA